AUGUCCCGGCGCAACACAUCAACCGGCGCGUGCGGUAUAUUCGGGACCAAGGGCUGGAGGUCCUUAUGGAUGGAGGAAGCAGAUUAUUGGACUAUCAAGAGUAUCUUUGAAACGAUUGGACUGCAUAUGGGUUUGUGUAUGUGUCUACACCUUAGUGUCGCGACGGCGGUGGAGAUGCUCAUGGUCUCGAACGGGAGAAGCAGCGACAGAGGCGAAGGCAUUCUGGGCCUGCAGACGCCGUUGGCUGGUGCUGUGAAUCCAGGAGCUGUCCGGGCUGCCGCUGGUCGGGUUGUCAGGCUGGACUCGGCGCAGUCGUGGACCAGAGGGCGCGUCCCAGCUGCAUUCAUACGAUCCCGCAACGAAUCUUUCCUCGACAGCAGACCCAGCUGGUCUGGUACCAGUACGCCCGCAGCUGCACCUCCACAAAGCACCGCCGAGGAAGACGAGGACGAGGGGGACGAGAUGAAGUCACAACCCAACUCUCUGCGAUUGCGGGGAAUGCUGAGAUCUCAGUGUUUGUGCCAUUAA